AAAGCGGAUCUGGCCGUGGCUCCCCUCACCAUCACCCACGUGCGGGAGAAAGCCAUCGACUUCUCCAAGCCCUUCAUGACGCUGGGCGUCAGCAUCCUCUACCGCAAGCCCAACGGGACCAACCCCAGCGUGUUCUCCUUCCUCAACCCGCUGUCCCCCGACAUCUGGAUGUACAUCCUGCUGGCCUACCUGGGCGUCAGCUGCGUGCUCUUCGUCAUAGCCAGGUUCAGCCCGUACGAGUGGUACGACGCGCACCCCUGCAACCCGGGCUCCGACGUCGUGGAGAACAACUUCACCCUGCUCAACAGCUUCUGGUUCGGCAUGGGAGCGCUCAUGCAGCAAGGCUCGGAGCUGAUGCCCAAGGCGCUGUCCACACGGAUCAUCGGUGGCAUAUGGUGGUUCUUCACCCUCAUUAUCAUCUCGUCCUACACGGCCAACCUCGCCGCCUUCCUCACGGUGGAGAGGAUGGAGUCCCCCAUCGACUCGGCAGAUGACUUGGCCAAGCAGACAAAAAUAGAGUACGGAGCAGUGAAGGACGGAGCUACCAUGACCUUCUUCAAGAAAUCCAAAAUUUCCACCUUUGAGAAAAUGUGGGCGUUCAUGAGCAGCAAGCCCACGGCGCUGGUGAAGAACAACGAGGAGGGCAUCCAGCGCACGCUCACGGCCGACUACGCGCUGCUCAUGGAGUCCACCACCAUCGAGUACAUCACGCAGAGGAACUGCAACCUGACGCAGAUCGGGGGGCUCAUCGACACCAAGGGCUACGGCAUCGGCACUCCCAUGGGGUCGCCGUACCGGGACAAGAUCACCAUCGCCAUCCUGCAGCUGCAGGAGGAGGACAAGCUGCACGUGAUGAAGGAGAAGUGGUGGCGCGGCAACGGCUGCCCCGAGGACGAGAGCAAGGAGGCCAGCGCCCUGGGCAUCCAGAACAUCGGCGGCAUCUUCAUCGUGCUGGCCGCGGGGCUCGUGCUCUCCGUCCUCGUGGCCAUGGUGGAGUUCAUCUACAAGCUGCGCAAAACGGCCGAGCGGGAGCAGGUACCGGCUGCCUCUGUCCCCUGCAACGGCGCCGGGCUGGGCUUCCCGAGCUCCCUGGGGGCCCGGGGCUUUCCAAGCCUGCUCCAGGUGUCCGGUUAUUCCGAUAUCAUUGUCACCAGGACGAGUCACCCCGGGAGAGCUCCAGGAUGGCUCCCGGCCGUGCCCAACCGCCUGCAGCGCCGUCCUGCCUCGCUGCUCCGGGAGGAACUGCGGCGGGCGCGGAGAAGGGAGAGCGCUCUGCCAUCCCAAGCCCCAGCUUCAGCCCUUGCCGAAACCGCAAAUCUGUCCCCAGCAGACACCGAAGGCGCCGAGAUCAACACAGCUCCUGCCUGGGGCUCCGCUGUGCUCUGCGCGCAGGAGCGGGGCCAGCGGCACCGCAGGCCGGUGCUCCUGGCGCAGACCCGGGGCCGAGGGGACACCCGGCACAGCUCCCGGUGCCCGCGGCUCCCGUGGCUCCCGCGGCCGCGCUCCAGGUGGAUGCGCCAGCGCGGCAGGAGGGAGGCCAAGCCGGGGGGACGGUUGCCUGCAGGAAGCAGGGGGAUCCGGAGGGGAUCUAACCUGGCCGCUUCCCCGAGCCUGUCCCGCCUGGCCGCCCCGCGCCGCUGCCUGAGCCGCGGGUGA